AUGUUCUGCCGUUCUAGUCUCCCUCUAGCUGAGAUAUCUCGUCCUGUUGCCAUAUCAACCAGAGUCACCAAAACCCAUUGUCCGCCUUCAUCCACUGGAUCAUUCCGGGUUUCAUUAUUACAUCAUAGGAAGAGGACUCUGGCAAAACCUCUGUCAGCCCCUCGGUCGACGAUGCUGAUAUACCAGUGCGAAGAUGAAGAAGAAGAAGACAAUGAGGAGGAACAACUGCGGGUAGAACCUUCGUCAGUCAAAUGGGUCGAAAUAGGCCCUGAAAUAACUCACGAGCAGGCACAGGCGAUCGCCCGGCUUCCCCCAAAGAUGACUAAACGUUGUAGGGCCCUGAUGAGGCACAUCAUCUGCUUCUCCCCUCAACAAGGCAACCUUCCUCUUCUGCUGUCCGCGUGGGUGAAGGUUAUGAAGCCCAAGAGAGCCGACUGGCUGUCUGUUCUCAAGGAGACGAAGAGAUUGGAAGAUCCUCUAUUCCUGCAGGUCGCUUUCUUACUCACUUCCUGCCUCAGUCUGUGCAUGGAUGUACAUUCUAGCGGUGACCACGGCUGAAGCCUUGCCCCUGAGAAUGUGUCUUCUUCGCAGGUGUUCCAGUAUGCGCUGCUAGAAGAUUCCUUUGAAGCAAAUAUCCGUGACUACACCAACAUAAUCGGCGCCUUUGCCGAGCAGAAGCGCUUCCAGGACGCCGAGGCCACAUUCCUGGCCAUGAAAAGAAAAGGCUUCGCCCCUGAUCAGGUCACCUUGACCUUGCUGGUCAACUUGUACAGCAAAGCUGGCAGGUUUGAGCAGGCCAAGGAAACGUUCGGGGAAAUCAGAUUCCUCGGCGAGCCGCUGGACAAGCGAGCCUAUGGGUCGAUGAUAAUGGCCUACAUCCGAGCAGGGAAGCCCGAAGAGGGGGAGAUGCUGCUUAGAGAGAUGGACGCCCAAGAAAUAUAUGCCUGCAAAGAGGUCUACAAGGCUAUGCUAAGAGCAUACUCUUUAGCCGGCAGACCUGAUGGCGCCCAGCGAAUCUUUGAUGCCAUUCAGCUUGCAGGCAUCGUCCCGGAUGCCAGGCUCUGUGCGCUUUUGAUCCAUUCCUACUGUGCUGUCCAUCAGUUGGAUGAGGCGAUGAGUGUGCUGGAGAACAUGAGGGCCGCAGAAAUCAAGCCCAAUGAUAAAUGCGUUGCCUUGAUGAUCGGCGCCUUCCAAGAGGAAGGCAAGCUUGAUCGGGCAGUGUCCCUUCUCAUGGACUUGGAGAGGGAUGGAGUCGUCACUGGCAGAGAGACAUCCAACGUGUUGACCCAGUGGUUCCGUCGGCUGGGCUUGUCAGACGAGCUGGAGGACAUUCUACGGAGUUGA